UAGACGCUGUUAAACGAUAUGACAAUCGUUAAAUUGGGAGCUCACUGCUAAAAAGACAAUUCAACUCAAUAAACAACCUCUUUUUUUCGAAAAAAAAAAAAUUCCUCCGAGUCAUGUGUCAUGUUAAAUAGAGCAUUAAUGCAACUAACAAUGGGAGGUAAUUUGUAAACUCCUUUCGGAAUCAAUUGGAGUCUGCUGAGCUAUCGAAUAUUUGGAGCAACUACAGCGUUUAACCAAAUUUCAACCAAUAAAAACAAGAGUACAACAAACUUGAAAUCAUACCACAUAGCUAAAUUAACAGCUGAUUACAAAACAGAAAUUAAAACAAAUCAUUAGUAAAAUUAAUUGAAGCAAAGAAAUUGCAAGAAAUUAUUAAUUUUUUAAGGGAAAUUGUUUAUUUAAUUUAGUGUGGAUUACUUAUUUAUAAUAAAAAAUUAAAUAAGAGAAAUACAAAUUCAAAUGCAACACCCAGAUCAAACCCCAGCUAAAACUGCAAGAGGAAAUCGGGAGUAAAUAGUGAUCACUCUGAACUUAGAGAAACGAAAUCAGCAGAAGUCUCUGUUAUGGAAACUGGUUUUAUAUAAUUCAAUGCUGACAGCUGCUGCGGUGCUUCUUGUAGUGACACUUGCAUGUUAAUGCCCCCGAGACGUGUUGCGUACUUCGAAAACAACAAAAACGGGCGUAAAAAGAAAUGUAUCCGUUACAUGGAAGCGAUAAGCAGCGGCAGUGCCGGUAGCAGUGGUACCAAGGAUGAUUGUUAUCAAGAGUUAGACGACUUAGACGACCAUGGCAGCGAUGACAAUUUAGGCAGCCCACAGAGCAUUGAUGACAAUAAUAAAACGCCAGAUAAUGAUAUAGAGUCCCUGAAUCAUUCGUUAUCUAGUCCAGGCUGUCUAAGCGGUUUGUCUAGUCUACAGAGUCCGUCCACAAGUUUGGCAAGUCCGUUAAAUCUGCUCGCUAGUCCAGCAACGCCAGUUACCGUGGGCCUGACAUUCGGGAUCGGCGAACAUCAACAGAAUGCGCAAACCCAACAGCCAUUGCCGCAUCAACAAUCGGCCCUACAAGCGCAGCAGCUAUUAUUGCAGCCGAGCAGCGUUGUCGACGCGUCGGCAACACAGCAAAUGCGUAUGCAACAAUCGGGUCAACAAAUCCAUUUGGGUCAUUCGCAUACACAUACAGCACCCCCGCUCUCGAGAAGUAGUAUUUUUGAGAAUCCUAAAGCCACAAGGUCGUUCCUUUGUACCAGCAGUGGGAGCGGUGGCGCAAGCGUAUUAGUGUCACCAACUCUGUCAAAUAAUUGUACUAGUGGAAUAUGCAUUGCCAACAGUCUAACGAAUACCUCAUCUUCAACUGCUGCGGCUGUGGCGGCGGCGGCUUUUACAGAACGCACAAUGCUCACAAUAUUGAGUCCUAGCCCAUCUACUUUGCUGAUCAAUAGCAACUGUUUCCCGCCGAGCAACCUGGAGUCCAGUAAUGGCGCGAUAGGGUCAAUAGCCCAAAUGCUAUCCAACACUAACAAUGCAACAUCUAGUUUAAACGCCAACAUUUCUAAAUCUACUUCAGUCACUGCAAUUUCUAGCGAGACUACAAUCACCCCCACCACAACCGGUGGCACCGGUCGUUCAAAUGAAUGUAAUUCCUAUAUCAGUAGCACCAAUUGUGGUAUUUUUGAGAACAUUUCGGCGGUAACUGUUACUCAGUCCACAUUCACCGCAACCAAACCCAUUGCAGUUAUCAGUGGAAAAUCGACAGCAUCCUCGUCUGCUUCGUCUGCGGCCUCUUCGCCUGCUGCCGAAAACUUUGAAAAGUCAAAUGUCGUAACAACACAUCGAAAUCCAAUCGGAGCGAACCCACAUGACAUUAACAAUCCGCUAAGUAUUAACCAGCUGACGAAAUGCGACGAAGGUACAAGCAGUAGUAACUGUCACAAUAAGUCCCAAAAUAUCGGAGCCGAGGUCAGCACAACAUCAGCGUCCACCAAAGUUAGUAAUGGUGUCGCACAGCAAUACAAGGAUAAUAGCCAACUGCUGCAAAAGGAGUUAGUCUUGCGAUUACCACCGGCUGCGGCACAGCAUCAGCAGUUGACAACGUCGGCUUUGUUGACACCAGCACAACAACAGUAUCAGCAGCAAUUCCAUUUCCAUGGCGCCUCAGGACCUCCGCCACUUCCAUCGCAUCAUAAUGCACACCAUCACCAUCCGCACGCGCAUUCACCGCUAUUCAACCAGCACUUCCAACAAUUUAGCCACCACUUGGCGUCUGUAGCGGCAGUAGCAGCGGCAGCGGCAGGCGUACACGUGCCCAAUAUAUUGAAUGCGACAGUUGUUAGCGCCAAUAACAGUAUACACCGAAGUCCCAGCAGUGUACUGAAUAAUUUCAAUAUGCCGAGCGCAUUCAGCAUUAAUGAAGCACCUUCCAACUUUGCUUCUCCGGCAAUAACAACAACAGGGACAGGAACAUCGACAGAGGCAGUAACAUCGAAAGCGGCAGAAACAUCUACAGCGGCUGAAGGUAUCAGAGGUUGCAAUACGGGAACUGUGAGCAACGAUAUCUCAAUGCCGAUUAGCCGGCACCUAGUGGCGGCAACGGCGACCGACGCUAGUGUCAACGGUUCAACUAGCGUUGUUGUCAAUGCAAGCGCUGCUGGCGGUGAAAAUGGUGCAAUCAGCGUUACAUAACUGUAACAACAACAAGUAGUCGUGCAGUCAGGUAAUAUAACAAGCAAAGUGUUGAACAGCGUCAAAGCAAUAAUCAACCCCAGAAACAGCACACCUUCAAUAGCAAGGACAACAUUAUUCAUAAAAAUUCUCGUUUAUUUUAUAUAGUUAAAUAUUUCUUAUGCAUGAAGGCACUAAAACUCAAAGCAGUACAUACAUAUGUACAUAAACAAGCAUUCUUAUCAUUAUUAUCUUACAUUGUAAGCGAAAACAUGAUUAGUUGCUAAGCCUUUUUAGAGCAAUGGUGUUCAGUUAUACAUACAUAUGUAAUUGCUAUCAAAAAAAAAAAAUAGUUAUAAUAUCAUAGCAAGCAUUUUUGCAAUCAUUCGUAAUAUAAUAUAAAUAAUUAUUUAAUUGAUUAUUUCACUUAAUUGAUACUGCCUUGCAGGGAGCGGUAUUCCGAUUGUUAUAUUAUGCUAUAUGUAUAUACAUAUGUAUAUAUAUUAUGUAAGUAUGAAGUUGUGUUUUCCAAAAUGCUUAGAAAAAUCUGUUCAGGUGGUAAUUUAUUUAUUUAUUUGAAGUACCUGCCUGCCUUCUUCGUAAUUGAUGAGUUUGUAGGAUAUUUUUUUUUGCAGAUUUACUACAGCCCUUUUAGAUAUGUAUGUAUAUCAGUUAUAACUUUGAAUACUAGUUUACAACACACAUGGUCCCGCUGAUUGGGUUAAAAAUGACUGGAUGGUAUUUGGGUAUUUGACAUAUGUACAUAUGUAUGUAGGUAUCAAAAUCCUUUGUAAGUGCCUGUCCGUACUAUCCAAUUAAUAAGACUGGUUGGCCAAUGAUUUACAGUUGGAAAGCUAAUACAUAGAUACAUAUUAAAUGUGACGAAAAGUUGUAUUAAUUCUGUUUGCGUUUAAAAUAUAUAUGUAUGUACAUUGUAGGAAAUUUUUUUACGAUUUUUCAAAUUUUACUUUUAGUUUAUGUUGAGAUAAGUAGACGUCUAUGAGAUGUCAUAUAGAGGAGUUUGCGCCUUUGUAUUAUUAUUCAAAGGAAAAAUAUUGCUCUUCCAAUCUUUUCGCAGUAAUAUCUAGGAUUAGAUAACUUCUUCUAAUCAGGAUUUGUCCUAACAAAUCCAUUUGUUCACAUCAAAAGUUUUUGUUAAUUUUGGCCGAGGGCAAGACACUUCGCCAGUUUAUUUUUCAGAGCGAAUUCGCGUUAAUUACCUUGUUAUUUUUAUAUCAAUCGCAUCAAAGUAUAAUGUUUUUUUCGUAAAGUCAUAUUACAGGUUCAUUUCGUAUGUGUAGUUGGUCAGGUAAAAAACAGUGGUAGCAAAUUUUUAUUAUCUUUGUAAAUGACUCAGUGUCCAAAAUUAAAACCUUACUUGUGCUUAAAUAUACUUAUAAAAAUUUUGAAAUAUUUUUGAGCAUGCAAACAUAAGCGGAGGUCAAAUUUCCGGACAUGAAACAACAAAUGAUACAAAAGGUUUUUUCUAAUAGCGGUCGCCCUUCAGCUGGCAAUGGUAACCUCCGAGCGUAUUUUUUCCAUGAAAAAGCUCCGCAUAAAAAAUGGUAUGAAGCUGUAGGUCUCUCCAUUUGUUCAAAAGAUCAAGACGCACACCACAAAUUGGAGAAACAGCUCGGCCAAAUACCCAAUAAAGCGCAUAAGCGCAAAUUAUAUAUAUAUAUAUAUAUAUAGAAUAAUAAAAUAAAUAAUUUGAAAUUUGAAACUCAGUUGUACAUGCAUAUUUACAAAUAUGCAUCAAUGAAUGCACAAGUUAAUGAAUUAAUAUUAAAUAGAUAAUAAGCUCAUAAAUAUUUAGAAUCAAAUUAAAGUCAUAUUUCAAACAAAUAAAGCCUAGAAAAAAAUAUUUCGUAACGCAAAAUUACACAAAAAAAGAACAAGUAACAGUUGAUCGGUCGAAAUAAAGUACAUGCGCAAUCUUCUGAUAUAAUGGAGAAAAUAACCUAAUGAUAGACUUAAAUGAAACUCUAAACGAAUUUAUUAAAAACAAAAAUGAUACUGAAAUUGUUAUUAACAAUAUGCAAAAAAUUAAAUAUAAAGCAAAUCUGAUCAUAUAUUUUGUCAUACUAUUUACAUAAAACCAAAAAAUAUCGAAAAGUUUUUUUUUAAACACAAUAAGACUAAAAUGUCUGCAUUUUUCAUACGUACAACAAACAUACGCAACCAAACACAAAUAAAAAACAAGCAAAAGGCGAUAAACAGAAUGCAAACGAAUACAUAUAAUAUACGGGUAGAUUCUGUAAUUCACUUCCGAAUUGCUAAAAAAUGUAAAUGAAAUUUACUGCAUAACCUGACCGAUAAUAUUGAUUUUUCCAACAACCCUAUUGUAUUGGAAACGUUAAUAACGAAAUCAAAUUCGCUCUUGCCUUUUUUUUUGUACAAUAUAUUUAAAAAGGCUUUGAAAUGUUUAAUUGAAUGAUUGGUCGAGACAUGAUGACGUAUCAUCAAUACUCCUUUUUUCUACUGACCAUUGAUAAUCUCUGCCCUAUGGUCGGGAAGUCGAGGUCCAAGCUUUAGUUGUUUUCGACUUUCCUUUCAAUGUCAUGUGCGAGGCCAAUUAUGCUGGGAUCUACGGGCCAGUGUAACUCUGAGAAACCCCAUAUUCAUAAUACCAGGAAUUGAAAUUUCUCAACUAUUUCCUAGUUAUCAUUUUUGCUCUCGCUACUGCUCUGAACUUGAACAGAUAAUAUCAUAGUUGAGCAGGAACGCAAAACGCGUUUCGUUAUUGCUAGCAGCUCAAAGCAGUAGUUUAAUAAAAUGUAAGUGCGCUUUGUAGUUGGAGUAGUGGUAAAGAAUUGGAAAUUGCGUUUGUUCUCGCUUCUGUUGCUCUGCUAUUACUCCUAUAACUACUAUUUGAGCAGUGUUCGCUUUUUUGGGUAGAUGCGUUUUGUAUGUGCUUUUACGGUGCUACAUUGAAAAUAUAAUAUAACCGACAAAUUAGGUAUAUCAGUAUACUGACAUAAACUGAUUUCCCACUGCUUGUAUCUGUAAAACAGCUCAUGACAUCAACGUCAAAAUUGUUCUUACGACAGUUCAAUAUAUUGUUUAUAAGCCAUCAAAAGCAUUUGCGUCUCAGUUUUGUUGCAUUUUUAACACACUUUUAUAAGGUCGGGUUGUAUGUAUGUAUGUAUGUAUGUAUGUAUGUAUGUAUGUAUGUAUGUAUGUAUGUAUGUAUGUAUGUAGGAUUGCCAGGAUUAAUAUUUUCUUUUUUUACCUGUGGGCAAAAAGUAAGGUGAAUUUGGUUGUAAAAUGAAAAGUCUUUAUUUAUUCUUGUAAAUCAAUUUCAUCCCCUUCAAAACAAUCCCCUCUCGAUGAAAUACACUUAUGCCAACGAUUUUUCCAAUCCCCGAAACAUGCCAAAUAGUCCAUUUCCAGUAUAGCCAUCAGCACCUUCUUCGAUUCAGCUUUUAUCUCCUCAAUCGACUCGAAACGCGUUCCCCGGAGUGGUCUCUUGAGUUUUGGGAAUAGCCAGAAGUCACACGGAGCCAAAUCAGGCGAAUACGGUGGUUGCGGAACGAUAUGCGUGGAAUUUUUGGCGAAAUGGUCACGAAGAACGAGUGCAGUGUGAGACGGUGCAUUAUCGUGAUGCAAAAACCAAGAGUUGUUGGCCCAUAAUUCUGGUCUUUUUAGAUGAAUUGCUUCACGUAAACGACGCACAACGCUCAAAUAAUAUUCCUUAUUAACAGUUUGGCCAGGUGGAAGGAAUUCAUAGUGCACCACACCACGAAAAUCGAAAAAAACUGGCCCAUGGAGUGGGGUAGCCGUUUCUCAGGCUCCCUCCACGAAAUAAGUUCUUCAUCCCGAUUACUUCUUUAUCACGGCCGAUAACUGCAUAGCUUUAGACUCACAGUCGAUAAGAAAGGAAUUAAAUAUAACACGAAUAUAUCGAAUCAUUAAUUCACUGACUGCAAUGAUAACACUAAUUUUCAUUCAUGAUAAAAAAUACUUUUAAAAAAAAACUAAAAAACACGCUUUUUUGCUAAUCGAACUAAAAAGUAGAAAAUAAAAAAUAGUUUAAAAAAACUAAAAAACACGCUUUUAUUGCUAAUCGAACUAAAAAGUAUAAAAUAAAUUUUAAUGACAAAGAGACCUAUAACGAAGUAAUAGCAAAUCGAACGAUCAGUCAUAGUCAACUACCUCAGAACAGAAUUAUAACAAAAAUUAAGAUACAAAUAGAACAAUUCAAAUUAGAGUUAAAAGCGUGGGAUGCAUUUUAAUUCACUUUCAUUACCUUCUGUACAUAGGUAGUUGGCAAUAGAAUGAUUGUAAUAUUUACUAUAUCAAGCAUCCAACGCUUUUGACUCUAAUUUGAAUUGUUCUAUUUGUAUCUUAAUUUUUGUUAUAAUUCUGUUCUGAGGUAGUUGACUAUGACUGAUCGUUCGAUUUGCUAUUACUUCGUUAUAGGUCUCUUUGUCAUUAAAAUUUAUUUUAUACUUUUUAGUUCGAUUGGCAAUAAAAGCGUGUUUUUUAGUUUUUUUAAACUAUUUUUUAUUUUUUCUGUGAUGGAAUUCAAACGUAAUAGUGUGAUUGCGUUAUAUUUGGCUGGAAAAUCACAACCAGCAUUUGCUCGUGAGCUCAGUCACCUCAAAGUGAAUAAAAUGUUUGUGUAUCGCACUAUAAAACGUUACAAUGAUACUGGUAGCAUUGCAAAACGCUAUGGAGGUGGACCAAAAAAAACCGCAACAACGCCAGAAAUGGUUGGGAAAGUGAAGGCUCGACUUGAACGAAAUCCACGUCAAAGUGGAAGAAAAAUGGCCAAAGAACUGAAAAUAUCGCAAGACAGCAUUCGACGCUUAUUGACAAUUGAGCUCAAGGUCAAGGCUUACAAGUUCCAAAAAGCACACGAUCUUUUACCCCAGCAAAAAAAGUUCGAUGCGAAAGAGCAAAGGAGUUGUUGCGUUUGCACGAACGUGGCGAAUUUCCUAACAUUGUGUUUUCUGAUGAAACAAAUUUCCCAAUUUAGCAGUUCAUAAACACUCAAAACGAUCGUGUUUACUUGACCGAACGCUCAUACGAGAAUCUAAACCCACGUAUGGCCACUCGAAGCAAUUUCCCAUCGCAAGUAAUGGUUUGGGCCGCAGUGACCGCUGAUCGACGCUUUCCAAUCGUUUUUAUCGACCCUGGUGUCAAAGUGAAUGCUGCCUAUUAUCGGGAAAAUGGUUUAGAAGUUGCUUUAGAGCCGUGGGCACGCAAACAUUUCGGUCGUAGACCAUGGACGUUCCAACAGGACUCGGCACCGUCUCAUAAAGCUCGAGUGAACCAAGAAUGGUUAAAAAAUCAUGUUCCACACUUCAUUUCGUCCACACAAUGACUUUCGAAUUCGCCAGACGCAAAUCCGAUGGACUAUUCCAUGUGUUCCAUUUUGGAGAGCAAGGUGAGGACUAAAAAAUAUGCGAGUAUGGAAGCGCUGAAAAAAAGCGAUUAUACGAGAAUAGACCAAAAUACCUCAAGAUCACAUACGUGCAGCAUGCAACUCAUUUUUUGACCGUUUGAAGGCUAUAGUCACGGCAAAAGGAGGUCAUAGCGAGCUAAAAUAAAUAUAGGUAAAAAUUGUAAUCAUUUUUGAACAAUUUUGUCUUUGAAAUCAAUAAAAACUAAUUUCACACAAAAAAGAUAUGGUGUUUUCAAUAGGUUACACUUCAUAUCGUUCACCCUGUUUGUUGUAAGUAUGGUUAAAUGCAACUUGCAAUUUUUUAUAGUUUCUGCAUCCUUCACAGUUUUAUGUUAAAAAAAUCCAUACAUGCGAGGACUAAUCUAUCUAUGGAUAUCUUGACUUUUUUUUUAUCGAUUUAUUUAUGCUGCACCAGAUAACAAACACUUAAUCUAAUCACUUGUAGGUACAUGUAUAAGCAACCUAACAAAUGAAUGUUUAUACAUGGUGGGCCAUAUAGCGUUUGCUUUUUGAACCACCUAUUUUUUUGAGAAUGGUAACACAAAUGACAUGUCAAAUGUGUUCAUAAUUUACUUAAAGGCUUGACAUUUACGAAAUGGGACGCUAUACGCUUGAACAAAAUUGGGAAAUAUUGAAAACCUAUUUCCAAAGUGUUCAUAAUUUACUUAAAGGCUUGACAUUUACGAAAUGGGACGCUAUAGGGUACGUUCGCGAUGGCAAUCAGAACAGCAGUGUUGCAAAUUUUGCAAAGUAUCACGUUCUUCUUGAAUCUGUGGCAACACUUGCAAAAGUCAAACGUUCUAUUUACUCAUCACGCGCGCAAAUAACCUCAAUAACCGGCAACACAAAAUUUUUGUCUGCAAGCUUGCAUUUGUGUUAAGUAAUGGAAAAAGAAAGGUAAGCGUAAUUGUUAUGUAUUUAAUGUUUUAUGCACUUUAAUAAUUAUAAUACCGAUUAAUUUAAUAUAUUUUUACUUUAUUUGCAGCGAAAGACUGAAUACUGCCAUGAGCAAGCUAUUAAUUAGAUGCCGGCUGGACAUGGAGGCCGAAUUCGCUGCCGGCAAAAAGAAAAGAUCUGUUCUCUGGGGUAAAGUCCUAGAUUCCAUGAAGGCAGUAAAUCCAGAUGUUCCUGAUAGUAAGGAAGUACUCCAGAGAAAAUUUCUUAAUUUAUUAGCAUCGUAUAAACGCAUAAAAAAGCGAAAUAAAGAAUCAGGUCGGGACGCAACCACCUGGGAGUACUUCGACGAGUUUGAUGCCAUGUACGGUUGUCGACAUUCAGUUGAGCCGCCAGAGGAAAAUUUGCAGUCUUCCUUGGCAAGCCCAUCGGGUGAUGAAAGCGAGUGCGAUUUGGAAGAGCAGGUUGGCAGCGCAAGGAAACGUUCCAAGAAAACGGCAAAUGAGGCGAUAUCAUUUUUUAAGGAAGAAGCUAGCAAGGAGCAAAAACGUCAUGAGGAUGUACUACGGUUAGAGAGGGAAAAGCUUGAGAUUGAAAAGGAGAAAAUUCGUGUGCUAAACCCUUUGCGCGACAUUUUAGCUAAGAGGACGUAAAUGCUUAAACAAAUUUUGAUAUGAAAUUAAUUUUUGAAGCUAAUUUUGCAAUGUUUUGUAAACGCAGUACAAAACACAUAUGUGGUGAUAUGAAUUAAAUUGUACCUUUCUUUUGUUGAUUUUUAUUUCUUUUAAUAAACUACAAAUUUAAGACAUAAAUAACAUUUUUAAAUCGUUUCUUUUUAUUACUCCUUCACUGCUUUCAGUAAUAUUUUCGACAGCUUCUAAGGUUUGAACAUGAGCAGCAUUUAUGCUUUGAUCUAAGUUAAUGCUGCUCAAAAUAUCCGCUGAACUUGAAUCGCCAUCGUGGGUUAUGAUAAAAUUGUGUAAUAUAGAGCAGGCCAUUAUAAUUUUAGAAGCUUUCUUUAUAGUUGAUGCAUCAAUGUGAUUUAGUAUUUUAAAUUUUUUUCGAAAAACGCCGAAGGACUGUUCUAUUAAUACACGCGUUGAACUGAGGUAGUAGUUGAAUCUUCUUUCUUCGGUAGAAAGAUGCCCAUUGUCCCUAAAUGGGACCAUUAAAUAUUUUGCUAUGGGAUAAGCUGAGUCUGCUAAAAUUAUUGCCCCAUUAGCGAGCUGAACUUCUCCCGACGUGAUCUUUUGGUAAAUUGGGCUAUUCUUCCAUACGUUAGCAUCAUGACAACUUCCAGGAUAACCAAUAAAAACGUCUCGAAAUCGAAGACUGCUAUCACAAAUAGCCUAAGAAGAUUGAAAAAAUUUAGUCACGUGUCCCUUAUAUACAUUAUAUGUACAUAUACAUUGUUUACCUGCAUUAUUAUGGAAAAAUGCCCCUUGCGGUCGUAAUAGCUCACUACAUCUUGUUUUGGAGUAUUUAUUUUAAAGUGGAUUCCAUCCAUACAUCCUACAACAUAGGGAAACGAAUUGGGUCGUUUUUCCUGGAACUUUUCCAUCACAUUCUGUUGCUCUGCCUGUCGCAGGCCAACAAAUUUCCUUUUUAAGGCAGCAUAUUGCUUUAAUGGUCUUGUAAAAGAGUUUAUGAGCUGUACCCUUCCCCACAUUGAAUCGGUCAGAGAGCUGACGAAAUGUAAUUCGGCUGUUACUUAGCUUCCAUAGAGUCAGGUACAUUGCCUGUUUCAAUGAAUAUCUUGUACCCAGCAUUGACCAGAAAGGGUGCAAGGCAGUUAUCAGUUUCUAAACACAUUAUUAAAAUUAAAUUAUAAAUAAAGCCAUAACUUCUCAAAUUUAAUACUUACAUGCAGUGUAUCACGAGUCAUACGAAAGUGGGAAAGGAAUACGUCAGCGUCGUAUAGUUCAAUCGUGAUAAAAAAAUGUUGGACCUUUACGAUACGUCUUUUCUUAAGAGUUUCUUCAAAAAGAAAACUCUUUUUUUUGUUUGCGUGCCUCCUUCUUUUUUCAAAAUUUAUUAAAAAACUAUCAGCACUUUUCUCAAUCUCAUCUAUUAUUAAAUUAAUUUCCAUUUCUACUGCGAUCUGAAAUCAAAACUUUUUCUCAAAUUGAUACCUGCAACAUUACAGCAAUAUAACAGCUGAGUAUCAGCAGUGUAGUGCAAAAAAAAGCAACAGGGUUGCUGUAUUGCUGCAGUUAUACAUUUUCGCGAACGUACCCAUACGCUUGAACAAAAUUGGGAAAUAUUGAAAACCUAUUUCCAAAGUGGUGAGUCAAUAAGCAAAAUUGUCGGAUUUGGGGCUCCGAAAAUCCGCAGGUUACUGUAGAGAAGCAAAUGCAUUCACAACGAGUCACUGUUUGGUGCGUUUUUUGGUCUGGCGGCAUCAUCGGGCCAUUUUUUUUCGAAUGAGCGAGGAGCCGCGGUUACAGUAAAUGGCGAGCGUUACCGUGACAUGCUCAACGAGUUGUUUCCAAAAAUUGAAGAGGAUGACAGGGACGACAUUUGGUUUCAAUAGGACGGUGCAACUUGUCACACUGCCAAAGAUACACUCGAACUUUUGGCUACCGUUUUUGAAAACCGAAUAAUCAGCCGAAAUUCCGACAUCAAUUGGCCGCCUCGGAGCUGUGAUUUAAGCCCGUUGGACUAUUUUUUGUGGGGAGCCGUUAAGGACAAAUGCUAUGCGAACCAUCCAGAGAAGAUUAAUGCUUUAAAACACGAAAUCCAAGUUGCCAUUCCUAAAAUUGAAGCCCAAACAAUAGAAAAUGUGCUUAAAAUUGUGCUGAUCGAAUGAGCUACUGUAAAGCCAGUCGUGGCAGUCAUUUGAACGAUAUUAUUUUUCAUUCAUAAAUGACAAUGUUCAAUUUUCAAAAUAAAACAAAAAGUUCGAAAAAAUAUUGAUGAGUUUUUUUUAUAGCCAAUUCAAAAAGCAAAUUUUACAUGGCCCACCCUAUACUUCAGUUUUAUUUAACUAUGACUUAAUGUUAGAAACUAUUAAAUAUAGAGCAUUAAGGAAUUUCCAGGAAUUGAUCAAGUGCUUAAUAUUUACUUCAAACAAAGCCUUUUUUUAAAACAUGAAAGUACACACGCGCAACAGAAGCCUAAAUUUUUACUCUUAUGGUUAAUUUGGAUAUUUGGUCUUGAACCUUUUUCUAUUUUUAACACACUUUUAUUAGGUCGGGUUGUAUGUAUGUAUGUAUGUAUGUAUGUAUGUAACGGAAUCUUUGAGCUUAAUUUUCACUGGCUUCUAAAAAUCUGAUCGACUUGGAAUUUUGCACACCUAUCAAGGACCGAUGACAAUGCAAUAAUUUAAUAAAAGUUUUCCAUUAUCCUUAUUAGGAUUGCCAGGAUUAAUAUUUUCUCUUUUUACCUGUGGGCAAAAAGUAGUGUGAAUUUGGUUGUAAAAUGAAAAGUCUUUAUUUAUUCUUCUAAAUCAAUUUCAUCCCCUUCAAAACAAUCCCCUCUCGAUGAAAUACACUUAUGCCAACGAUUUUUCCAAUCCCCGAAACAUGCCAAAUAGUCCAUUUCCGGUAUAGCCAUCAGCACCUUCUUCGAUUCAGCUUUUAUCUCCUCAAUCGACUCGAAACGCGUUCCCCGGAGUGGUCUCUUGAGUUUUGGGAAUAGCCAGAAGUCACACGGAGCCAAAUCAGGCGAAUACGGUGGUUGCGGAACGAUAUGCGUGGAAUUUUUGGCGAAAUGGUCACGAAGAACGAGUGCAGUGUGAGACGGUGCAUUAUCGUGAUGCAAAAACCAAGAGUUGUUGGCCCAUAAUUCUGGUUUUUUUAGAUGAAUUGCUUCACGUAAACGACGCACAACGCUCAAAUAAUAUUCCUUAUUAACAGUUUGGCCAGGUGGAAGGAAUUCAUAGUGCACCACACCACGAAAAUCGAAAAAAAACUGGCCCAUGGAGUGGGGUAGCCGUUUCUCAGGCUCCCUCCACGAAAUAAGUUCUUCAUCCCGAUUACUUCUUUAUCACGGCCGAUAACUGCAUAGCUUUAGACUCACAGUCGAUAAGAAAGAAAUUAAAUAUAACACGAAUAUAUCGAAUCAUUAAUUCACUGACUGCAAUGAUAACAAUAAUUUUCAUUCAUAAUAAAAAAUAGUUAAAAAAAAAACUAAAAAACACGUUUUUUUGCUAAUCGAACUAAAAAGUAGAAAAUAAAAAAUAGUUUAAAAAAACUAAAAAACACGCUUUUAUUGCCAAUCGAACUAAAAAGUAUAAAAUAAAUUUUAAUGACAAAGAGACUUAUAACGAAGUAAUAGCAAAUCGAACGAUCAGUCAUAGUCAACUACCUCAGAACAGAAUUAUAACAAAAAUUAAGAUACAAAUAGAACAAUUCAAAUUAGAGUUAAAAGCGUGGGAUGCAUUUUAAUUCACUUUCAUUACCUUCUGUACAUAGGUAGUUGGCAAUAGAAUGAUUGUAAUAUUUACUAUAUCAAGCAUCCAACGCUUUUGACUCUAAUUUGAAUUGCUCUAUUUGUAUCUUAAUUUUUGUUAUAAUUCUGUUCUGAGGUAGUUGACUAUGACUGAUCGUUCGAUUUGCUAUUACUUCGUUAUAGGUCUCUUUGUCAUUAAAAUUUAUUUUAUACUUUUUAGUUCGAUUGGCAAUAAAAGCGUGUUUUUUAGUUUUUUUAAACUAUUUUUUAUUAUAUAUUAUAUUUGGAGCAGGUAAUAGCUGCACUAAAUACUUCAAGUGUCGCUAGCAAGUAUUUUCAAGAGUUCACUCGCUUACCUGCUAAAAUCUCAAAUUAUAUAUACAUAUAAAUAAAUAAAUCGUUAAAAUAAUGGCCAAGAUAUCGAUAUAUUAGUAUGUUCCAAUUUUUGCUAUUUAAUAUAUGUAUAUAUUAAUUCAUGCUAAUAUUAAUUAGCAUCUUCCUAAGAAGUGAUACAUGUCUUCUUCAUCGUUGAAGUUGCACAGGGUGUAAAUUUUCACCGCGUUUCCAUAGGCUAUUGCAUUCAGUUUUAGCAAUCCACAUCUUACUUUAAAUAUUGUUGAGAUAUCAGCUAACCGCUUAUCUUCUCUAAAGGCCGGCGGGCCAAUUAGAUGUCCUAAAUUCAGUAGUUUUCGCGAAGCGUAGUAGGAUGAGAAAAAAAACAAUUAGCCAUAUGAAGUUUUGGGGAUAGUUUAAUAUAUAUUUGAACUAAAAAAAAAAAAUUUGUACAAUCUCCAACAAUAUAUUGUAAGCCGAGUUAUCAAUAGAUUCCCAGAGCGCCUUGCCACUGAAGUAUCCAACUUCUGUACAAGAUACAACUUGCAAUUUUCAUCUGAAAACAAAAAAAAAAAGAUUAUUAAUUUUGAUGUAAUUAUCUUCGAUGUGAACUAAGAAAAUUGGGAGAAACACGUAAAAUUCGAAUUUUUGGGGAAGGUAGAAAAAAAAAGUGGUUUUUCAAGGAAAAAAAAACUCUUCAACUGGGUAAAAAAGUCGCUUAAAAAAAGUUUUUGGAUGUUUUUUUUAGUUCACAUAGAAGAGAAAACAAUACUGAAGAUAACGCAUUUUGAAUGAAAUGGAUAGCUCGUUUAGUUUUUUUGCAAUCGUGUACAUAAAUUAGGUAAAAUCGUGAAAAUAAAAAGCCGAGAAAACGCGCUUACAGAGACGUACACAGAAACAAUACACUACAACAAUAAGCGCACGGUAGCUCGACGCCGCACUACGCUCGGCUCUGUAGCUCUGCAAAUACUUGGAAUUUAACUCCGAAAAUUUGUGUCUCAUGUUCUUGAAUAUCUAAGCUAUUGAUUUCAGGAAAAAAAAAUCGAUUUUUUUGACCUUUUAAUUGGCCCGCCGGCCUAAAAUAUGAUUCUGCUUUUGAGUAAUACAAGUACAUAUUUAUAAAUUCGCGUUGUGCUUGAUAUUUUUUUUGCCAUGUUCAAAUUUUAUUUUUUUCAAGCUUAAAGCCGAACUCCAAAACAAGUUUGUUCGUAAUAUGAACUGUGUUUAUUUGUGCAGGAGUCUACUGGUGCUGUAUUCAUAAAUAGUUUUUUAAAUGUAUUUCUGGUGUAGUUCUAGCGAAUAUAAGUAGCUAUUCGUUUAAUAAACUAAUGUUAAAGUUUAUUUAUUUCUUCAAAGAUUCGAGCGGCGUAUGUUUGUUGGCUCUAUACACAGUUUGAUACAGAAGAAAUUGCUUCAGGCACAAUUAAUGCUAGCAUUUGCUGACUUAUUUCUAGCUUCUACAUACUUAGCAAACGCCAUUUUUGGUGUGAGAAUGACAACAAUAUAUUGUUAUUCUGCCACCACUUUUAUUCCUUUGCAUUUGCCACCAUUUUUCAGUCUUGGUUAGUUGACCACAUUUUCCAUCAAUCGGUAGAUCACCUUCUAAACAGUCGUGUAGAUCAUUUAUGUAUGUAUAAUGUGAAGAGCAAUGGCGAUAACGAACAACCUUGUUUCACACCAGUGGUGGUUUCAAAGUAAUCUGAUACUUACCCAUGUACCUCUCCAAACUGCUGCUCUCGUAUUUAAAUAUAAUAUAUAUUUUCAAUCAGAUUUGUUAUUUUGUUUGAUAUUACCAUCUCUCAUAGUUUAUAAAUUAAUGGUUUCCUGGACACCCUGUCGAAGGCCACUUUGAAAUUCGCGAAGUCUGCGUAAACUUUUUUAUUUUCAUUGAACUUUAAAUAUACUAUAGAUGUCAGAUUGUAUAUGUAUGUUAUCCAACAUUGAAUAAUCUUUCCUAUAACCGGCUUAAAGUUUAGUGAGCCUGUUGGUGUUUUCUAUCCAAAUUGUAAGUCUUGCAUUAAUUAAUCCUAUCAAUACUUUUGCGAUACAGUUCUUAAUGAAUAUUCUCCGACAAUUUCUUGCUGUAUUUGCAUUGGCUUUUUUAAAGAUUGGGAAAAUUAUUGUUUUAAAUAAUGAUUCUUCGAUUUUUCCGGUCUCGAAGAUGAUAUUGUAUAAUUUCGUUAACCCUCUGGCAAUGGAGGCAGCCUUUACUAACUCAUUAGGUGUCUUGUUUUCUCCAGGCGCUAUGUUUGUUUGGGAUUUUUAAUGAUAUGCUCUGCUUCGGUUAUUGUUACAUCUUUAUCAAGAUCCUUAUCUGUACACAAAUCAGGUGCUUGGUGCAACAUACAGUAACUGGCACACCUAAUUUGUCGGUUAUACUCGUAUUGUCAGUGUAGUACCGCAAAAGCAUCUAAGAAAACAAAAAUGAACACUGCCCAAAUAGCAACUAUAGCAGUAGCAGCAGUACUGCAGUACACAUGAAUAAUUUCGCAAGUAGUGCUUCGGCCGGUUCCAUGUCCUUUACUACUACUCCAACUACAGAAAGCACUUAAAAUUUUUUUUAUUACGGCUCUGAUCUACUCAUCUGUUCAAGUUCAGAGCAAUAACGAGAACUGAUCAAUGUUUUGUUUGAUAAUGCUACUACAAAGUAGUUAUUGCAAACACUGCUAUUACAUUCAUAUGUAUGUAUGCAUAAUAUUACAUAAACGUCUUCCGACGCAUAUAUUGUGCUGGUAUGGAGGUGUAUGCAUAUAUUUAUAUUUAGGGAUAUUACGCGAUGUUAAUACGUUAGCCGAAAAGGAAUUUUAUUUAUCAAUAUACAUAUAUCAAUAUACCAAAUCCAUAAACACACAUACAUACAAACACGAUACUCUCAUUUUUAUCACCAUGGGAUUUAUGUAUGUAUGUGUAAUUGUAUGCAUAUAUCGUUAUUGUUAAAAUUAAGAAUUAACAUAAAAAUGCGAAGAUUUAAAAGAAAAAAAUUUAACAAAAACAUUAAAAUUAUUAGAUGAUUUCUCAGUUAUAUCUUUAGAACAAAAAGAAAACCAAAUAACAAACACUCAAACACUCUAAUACAAUAAAAAAGAAAAACACGUGUGCCACAUUAUUGCCAUAUUUUUGUCAAAUUUUAUCUUACGCAAAGUUAUGUAGGCGUAAAUACUAAAAAAAAAACAAAUAAUACAUUAAGCACAUUACAAAAAAUACUCUAAAAAUAUGGGACAGCAACAAAAAAGGUUGAAUAUUACAAGUAAACUAAACUUAAACAACGACAAAGAUAAAAUAAAAAUAUCAUAGAUCUUAACAUUUUCAAAACCUAAUAACAAAUAUCAACACAAUAAGAGACAACACAAAAUGCUAACAAAUAUAUAUAUGUAUGUAUGUAUGUAGGUAUUGUUUACUUAAAAAGUGUUAUAAAUACAAAAAUAAUAAAAGUAAAAAAGUAUAUGCCCAGAUGGGGAGCAAAGAGCCGACAUACAAUAGCUGCAUUCUAUUUUAAUCCGACCUGGAAAAUAACUCUAAGAAAUUUGCGUAUUACAUGAAAGGCAACAACACAAAAUAUACUACGCCUGCUGAUAUAACCGGUUUGAGUUGAAGCAUUGAGUAAGUAAUAACAUAGAGUCGUAAUCUCGAACAAAAGUUAUUUUGUAUUUUGUUGUGUACUGGCACCCCCUUUGCACGCAAAUAUGUUCCGCCUCCUUUUUCAUGAAAAGUGAGAAGUAUGAAAAGAAGAGGAUAGACAAAUCAUCGUUUCCAGUUAUAUUCGCAUUCUUUGUCAGAAGAAAAAUGUAUAUGUAAACACAGAUACACUACAGCAAAAAAAGGAGUAGUCUUGUUUCAAAAGAAAUUUCUAACUUCACUGCUAUAUUAUUUAUUUGUAUGAUUCGCAUUCGUUAUCACUGUAGCCAUUCUGUCGCGCACUUAGAAGACAUAUUUACAUACAUACUAUGUAUGUAUGCAUAAAAAUUUAGAUUCUUUCAGAUUCCACCAUUUUAUUGAAAAUACGGAUCUUAACAAGUAUUUAUGAGAACGUCUAAGGUAAAAUCCGUCAAAAAGUCGAUACUGCUGGAGGCACCACAAAACCGAGGCGCAUCCACACUUGAUGAUAUCAGUAGAUAGCUGAUUUGUGUUUGUUUUUACGAUUCGGUGAUUUCAAUGACAAGUGCUUUUUUUUAAUUGUUUCGCCUUUUUUUAUAUUCUGAAUUUUUAAAAUAAUAAUAAAUGCAAAUUUAGUGUUCAUCCUACUGCUGUAAUCUUCUUUGGAUUCGCUUUGAAUAAAACGAGAUAUAAAUAUGUCGGCCAGGAAGUUAAAUAUUUUUCACCAAGUUGUCAAAUGUUUCCAUUGCUGGGAUCACAUGAUUUCAAACACUGAGUUCCCAAUAUUAAACAAAAAGUUAUCAAAUGAAUAUGUUAAGAUUAACCUUUUUGAGUUUAAAAUGCAUUUUACAUUUGCUAAUUCAAAGGCUUCAAUAUUCACGAAAAAACGGAGGAGAUGUCUUACUUGUAGGUACUGUGUCAGUCAUCAUUCAAGAUUUAAGACAUAUGUACGUACAUUCUCAACUUAACCGCAAAAAUAGAUCUGACUUAGAUGCAUAUAAUGCUUCGUUACAACAAUUUUGCAACUGAAAAUUACUACAUACAUAGUAUUCUUCAUACAUAUUUUGUUUAUUUUUAUUUUUUUCGUUACUUACAGGAAAAGAAUUUAACCCAUUUACUCAGAUUUCGUAAGGACUAAGGGCUAUGCCGCAAGGAAGUUAAGGAAACAUCACAAUUAGUUUAGGUUAUGUUAGCUUGGCAGAAAAUCGCUCCGUAGUGUUGUUAAGAGAGUGUGUAGAAGUCUGGGCCUUUCAUACCACUUCUGAUGCACUGUUUUGCAAAAUUUAGGCAGUUGCGAUGUGCAAAAUGCUGGUCAGUAGCACAAGGGUCAGCCAGCGCAGGCGGUACCUUUGAAAAAUUUCAGAAGUUCACAAGUUCUUCAACUUAAUAACAGCCUUAGUAAUAGUAAACGUCUUUAAAAUGAUUCACAAUCUAUAACCAAAAAUAUUUAAUUUCUUUCGCAACUUUUAAUGAACUAUCACUUUUGCGUUCAAUACCCAUUUUGGACAUGACAACACCUAAAUAAUAAAUUAUAUUAUAUAAUGAAGUACCUCAAAAUAAGGAGGUAAAAAAAACUAAAUUUACUUAAUACCAAUUCUUCAACCAAACGCGUUUACUGCUAGUAAAAUUUUUCCAGAGGUAUAAUUUUCAAGACAUCAGAUGUUACCGAUAGAAAGAAAGCUUUAAAGUACAAAAAGAAUUACAUGUAUUUUUCAGAAAAUAAAAAUAUUAUACUUAUAUAAACUUUUGGAAUUGUCGCAUGCAAUGCUAAAAGGGUUAAAUUUCCACUGCAUUAGCAAAAUUAUUGUUUCCAACAGCUAUUAAUAAUGUUAUAUUUAUUAGGAGUUGGCAUACAACUAUUGGUCCCUCCAUUUGUAGGUCUUCUUCAAAGCACACACCACAAUUUUUCAUAUUUAACUUGCCAAUUAAAAUUUGUAUUGCCUCUUUGUCUGAUAUGCCUACGAUCCUGCUUUUAGUUCGGCAAUCAGUGAGAAUCAUGUAAUAAGUGUUUUCGUGAAUUCUGGCAAAAACUAAAAGUAUUAUAUCUUGAAAAAAAGUAUUAAUAGACUCUCAGUUAUCUUAAUACCAAUAUUUUUGCCUUCUAAUUUAACAUGUCAAAUCUAUUUGAUUUCAUUUUCCGAUUGACUAGAGGGAAGACAAUUCUCCUGCCUGUGCCUUUUAAUCACAGAAAAUGCCAAGGUGAGGAGGAAACUUACUUAAAGAAACCGUCAAGCUUUUCUGAACUAACAAUAACCUAAUUAAAAAACAAAUUUUAAAGUGAUUUAUUUUAUAUAGAUUUGGAUUUCCUGUUCAUGCAAGGGUUUAUACUAAAAAAACCAAUAAUUAUAAUAUAAUAAUUUGAUAAUAUAUGUAAUAUGUUCUAAAAACAAUGACAAAAACAUGUAUAACAUAACCAAAGCAAUUAAAGGAAACAGUGUAUGUAUAUAAGAGUUGAAAAAAUGACAGCAGUAAAGCUAUUUCAUGGAGGAUAGAGGCGUUGACCAUUUUUAACAUACAAUUUUUUUUAACAAGCAUGUAGAACUAGCUUAUGAAAAUCUUUUUCAAGUUUCACAUACGAAUGCACGAGUAUGGGUGGUUAUAAAAGCGAAUUAUUAAAGUAAAGCAGUCACAAAAAGCAAUUUAAUUUAAACUGCAAUGUAUAGGGUAAUAUAUUUAGAACAAAUAACCAAAUAAAAAAGGAACUAAAGGAAUGGUAAUGGAACUACAAAAGAGAAAAAAAGAAACAUAUGAAUAUUACCAAUGCAGUUUAUGAAUGCAUGCGUGUUGGUAAUUGCCAAUUUUCGUAAAAAGACUGUUACAAUCUAUUAGUUGUAUACAUAAAUAACCAAUAACAAAGUAAAAUUGUAAAGGUAAUAGCAAUUAAGAAAUAAAUUAAAAUUUAUAAUUUGUAAACAGAAAAAGUUACAAAAAUAAAAACAUAGAACACACAUAUAUGUAUAGUUAAUAGUUAUUAAAUAAAUGUAUGCAUGUAUGAAUGUAUGUUAUUAUUUAGUUAUAAGACAAAUGUAAUGAUGUAUGUUGUGAACCAACUCGAACGUUAAAUUGAGUUUUUGUUGUGUGUGAACAACUAAACAACCCAGGAGGUACCAAUUAACUAACAAGAAAAGAAAUAGCAUACAAAUCACUAAUACUACACAGGCCAUUUAAAUCACAAUAUGCGCUAUGUACACACAAACGUUGCUCCUAACUUCUGACUUUACAUUAAGGAGUAAACUUACAUAUGCAACAUAUUUAAAUGUAUGUUUGCAGCAGAAAUGUUUCUUUUUUUUGGAAAAUGAGUUUGAGGAAAGUUUCAUUCUUUGAUGACGUGAUUUUUCUGUCAUUAUUUCUUUUCAUACUUGGACUUUAUACUGUUAUUCUAAAAUUUUUUCUUCUGUUUUUAAUAUUUAAACUUUAUAGUGUCUCUCUUACUUUCAUUUCUCCUGAUGUUCUCAACAAAUUUUGUAAACUUAGGCUUUAUGGUAUUUCUCUAAAUUAUUCAUUUAAUUUUUUUUGCUUCUUUUAGGGGUGGUAAUCUUUAUGAUUUCCUUUACAAUUUUUAUUAUAAUAUUUCUAAUUUUUUGAUUUUUAAUUGAAACCUUUUUGCUCAAAAACAUCUUGACUUUUAUUUUGUUUAUAGUAUAGAACUAAAAAAAAGUUCCGAUACAAUAAAUAAAUAAAAGUUAAGAAUAAAAAAAACUUUAAUUAUUUAUUUUUAGCUUAAAAAGAAAAUUAGUUUUGAGUAAAAAUUUCCGUCCUUUCUUAGCCAAAGUUACGAAUUAUUGAAACAAUUAAAUAAUACAUGAUGUUAUGUGAAAUAUGUGCUCUUGAAAGCCACAACUUCACUCCAUUUUUCAGCUAGCACACGGAUUCCUCUGACGAAAAAUACAAGUUCUUUGAGUCCGCUUGCGAUGAUUUUUACUGAUACAAUUAAAACUUUCAUACUAACAAUGUAACUAAUUUCUGCAACAGAAUAACUAUGCUAUAUUUCUGAAAAUGUGAUAAUUGCAACAGUUUUAUGAUAUCUUCGGGAAAAAUAGUCUUUAUGUCACGAACAAAACUUCAACAGAUCUCUCAUUUAAAAAUAACUUGAGAAAAAUUGUAAUCUUUUGAUAAAUUGUAAUCAUGUGGGUUUAUUUGAUUAAGGAACUAUUUAUUCCUCUUUCAUAAAUAUACCAUUUUUACUCGCUUAUAAGUGUAAACUAGUUUUACUGUGUUAUUAUUAUUUUUGAGCAAAACACUACAAAUUAACUCUAAUCCCAUGAUGAUGGUCGUUCGUAUUCGGCCUGUUUUUCAUAAAACUACUGCACGGUGCAUGUUUCAUACCAUUUGUUUGUGUUAAAAAAUGUGCGAAAAUAAUACAAAAUUAAGAAUCAAUUUACUUUUGAUCGAUAUAACCACCUUUUGCCUUGACAAUGGCCUUGAAACGAGUCGCUAUCUGCCCGAAUGUGACUUGCAGGUAUUUUGGCCCACUCGCGGCCAAUGGCUUUUUUCAGCGCCUCGAGACUGGUGAAUCUUUUAGUUCGGAUCUUGCUCUACAAAAUAGCUCAAAGAGAUUCGCGUCUGGUGAAUUUGAGAGCCAUUGUAUGGGCGUUAUGGAGUUCGGAACAUUGGCUUUUAGCCCUUCUUGGUUCACUCGAGCUUUGUGAGAUGGUGCCGAGUAAUGUUGAAACGUCCAUGGUCUGCCCUGAAAUGUUUGUCUGCCCAUGGCUUCAAAGCUACCUCCAGAAUAUUUUCCCGAUAAUAUUUCGCAAUUAUCUUGAUGCUCGAUGAAAACGAUUGGAGAGCGCCCAUUUGCGGUUACAGCGGUCCAAACCAUUACCUGUGGCGGGUGCUGCCUCCUGGUGGCCAAUCGAUGAAUCAAAUUCUCGUACGAACGGUCGGUCAAAUAAACCCUAUCAUUUUGGGAGUUUACGAGUUGCUCAAUUUCAAAAGCCUUCUCGUCAGAAAACACAAUGUUCGGAAAUUGACCGCUUUCGGCCAAGCGAAACAACUCCUUCGCUCUCAAGUCUGACUUAUUGCUGCUUUGGUUUGAGAUCAUUCACCUCUUGGAUCUUGACUUGAGAUAAUUUUUCAGUAUGUGGCGGAUGCUACGGUCAGAUAUUUCAGUUCUUCCGACAGUUGAUUGGCACUUCGUCGGGGAUUUCGCUCAAGUCGAUUCUUCACUUCUUGAACCAUUUCACGUGACUUUGCAGUCUUUUGAUGACCACCUCCAUGACGUUUCAUGAUGCUACCUGUAUCAUUGUAACGAGUAAUGGUGCUAUAAACAAACACUUUAUUUACUUUAUGGUGCUCGAGCUCACGAACAAUCGCUGGUUGUGAUUUUCCUGCCAAAUAUGAUAUAAUGCAAUGACACAAUUACUUUUGAAAUCCAUUACUGAUUUUCUUUUUUCGCGUUUACUCUCUGCAAAAUGCUUCCGCGCGUUUGUAAAAAAUACUCUGGACUGUCAUUUAGCUAACUAACAGACAGCUGACGCACGGGCAUCGAGAGGUCUGAAGUUGGGGUUUGUUCGAGGCACGUACUAAAAGCAGCAAUACUGCUGCACUGAUGCCAAUUUGCAACACUGUUGCAAUUGCUCAACUGAUACUUUUCUGAUGUUCGGCAAACAAAAAAUUUUUGAUGCCGAUUUAUUUGUAUUCGCGCGCAACAUUUGCCGAAUUUGUGACACUUCGAACGUGAUGCUUUUGAUAAGGUUGCCAGAAUUUUACAUCGAACGUGAUACUUUCACAAAUCAUGCAACACUGCGGUUGUGAUUGAAGCUCGAACAAGCCCUUGGUUACAUUUCGAGUGCCGGACCCUGUAUUAGGAUACAGAUUAUUAUUACACCAUACUGGACAGGUCUCAAAAAUGGAAAUCAUUGCUACAACCAUCUUUGUAUUUUGUGUAACUAACGGAGUAAUGAUGAUUUUCCGGCACUGGUUUUUGAUGCUAUAAUUUUAUAUUUAUUAUUAAAAUAUAGGGUUGUUCAAUAGGUGCGCUUCAACUGUGGGCGAACGACGCAAUAUUUUGUAUUUUUCGCUUGUCAUUUGUAAACUUCAUUAGUAUACAUUUCAUCAUGGAACGCUACACACUUUAGCAACGAUUGCAAAUCGUGGAAAUUUUUUAUGAAAAUAAUCGUUCUGUUGCUGCUACUUUAAGAGCAUUACGGCCAUUUUACGGUCCAUUUAACAAGCCGUCCCGUUUUGGGGUUAUGUGAAGUCAUUGGUCUACAAUAACAAGCCGGCGACGAUUUGUGAGCUCAGAGCCAAUAUUGAACGCGAAAUUGCUGGAAUUUCGGCCGAUUUAUGCAAAGAGUGGUCGAAAAUUCGGUUCAACGAUUGGACUUCGUAAAACGUGCACGCGGUGGUCAUGCAAAAGAAAUCGAAUUUCAUACUUAAAUGUAUAUGCUCAAACUUUUUAAUAAAAAAAAAAUUAGUUAAAAAAGUCAAACCGUUUGUGUUUUAUUCAAAAAAGUUCAAAAAUUGAAGCGCUCUUACUGAAAAACCCUAUAUAUUAAUAUAGUUUGGGAAAAAGAAGCCCAUUUUUUCUCGGUAGAUGGCUGUAGUGAUCGAUAUCUCGUAAAGUAUCGAUCAAACAAUUUAAAGUUUAUGCUCGUUGUCAAGGUGACAUUUCACACUAAAAACAUAAUUUGCUGUUUUUUGCUCGUUCCGUUCAGUACUGAAUUACAGUGUGUUAACAAUGGAGGGCAACAAAUGGGAAAUUCGGUACAUUUUAAUGUUUUUCUUUGAUAAAGGCGAAAAUGCCGCUGAAAUUGUUGGUGUUGAUGAUGCCGAUACUCUAGCAGCUAAUUAUGUGUAAUUUUGGUUUCGUCGAUUCCGUUCAGGCAUUUUUGAUGUUAAAGAAAAUGUCAAAUAUGUCGAUAAAGUCAAAUAAAUAAUCGGAGUUGACCGGCAUGUUAGCACCGCCCAGGAGCUAAAGAUCGACCAUAAAACAGUUUUAAACCAUUUGCGGAAAGUUUUACGCAAAAAUAAUGAAUUUCUUUUUCCCCAACUAAUAUAUCUAUAGCAAUUGAUAAGUAGGGAUUAGAAUGAUUUUAUACAUACCGAUUAUAAAAGUGCGAUACAUGUAUGUAGAUAUAUAAUUCAGCCAUAUAUCCUCUUAUUCAAAACAAAUGCUUACAGUUUUUAAAACUUUACAAUAAAUUAAAAAAAGAGAUUCUCAAAUCCUUAAUAAGAGAACGUUUUCUUCACUAUGCUCCCUUCAAGUAGAAUAUCUUUGUUGCUCUCUCAGAGUAAAAAUGUCCAUGUUGAAUUGUAUUGGGAAUGAUCAAUCUGAUCCAAUACUUUCGCGAAAUAUGAUAAUGCCAUUUUUUAGAAGUAUUUAUGCAUUAUGUAUGUUGUUAAAAAAUUAUGUUUUAAAACUACUUAGCUCUGAUUGACUAUAAUUUGAAUUCAUUAAUUCUAGUUUGCUUUUAUUACGCUUUGUCCUGCGAUGAUACUGAUUAAAUUCGAAAAGUCGGAAUAAAAAACAAGCUUUAGUUUAAAUUAUUGUGUAAUUGCAUAUGUAUGCAUUUAUUUUAAAGUUUUUAUUUCUGAGCAAUUUCGGAAAAUGUAAGUAAGUUUUCCGUUUUUUGUAAUUUUUUGUGUGUUUGUAUUGGUUUUUACCUUGCAAACUUUUGACUAAUAUAUAAUUUUUUAUAUGUAAAUCCAAUAUUCUGCUAGUAAAAAAAAAAAAUAAAUAAUUGGCGCGUACACUUCUGUUAGGUGCUUGGCCGAGCUCCUCCUCCUUUUUGUGGUGUGCGUCUUGAUGUUGUUCCAUAAAUGGAGGGACCUACAGUUUCAAGCCGACUCCGAACGUGCCCAUUUAGUGCCCAUUUACACGAUGUCUCCUCUGGAAGGGAAACAUUUUGUUCGGUGGUGAAGGACGGCCGCGGAAGAGAGAAGGGAAUUUGUCUCCUGUACUGGCGACACGCUUUGUGCUUCUUAUUCGUAUUUCCAAUCUUAAAGCAAUUUUUGACAGUUGCUUCAUUCGUUUUCUUCUUUCGUGGAAGAAAGUUCUAAGUUAUGUGUUGGUUUUCAAGCAAACGGAAGAUAACAACGAUGACAAACAUACGAACGCUGCUUGGAAAAUGCACAAUUAUUUUUGCUAGUAAAGUAGUAUAAUUUAAAAUAGUUAUGGGACAUGUUUAUGUUGAUUUCUAAUUUUUCCCUGCAUUUCUAGAUACUCCGUUUAAUUUUAAGUUAAUUAUUUACAUAUGAAGUAUUUUUAAUUUAAUUUUUUUUAUUCAAGUAUAAGAAUUUAUAAAUAUAUUUCAAUAAAAAACCAACAAAUUAUUUAUUAUUUAA